AGGGAAGCCGAAGCGUGGAUGAGCCAAAUUUCUUGAAAGACUUGACAAUCACCUAACGCUUUGAUUUCCCAGCGUGUAGCAAACAUAGUAUUUCCCCAACGAGUACGCGCCGCUGUUCGUGAAUGCAUCCAUUCUCCUUAUUGGCGGCCAGUCGGUACAGAGAAGUCAGGAUAAAUUUCUUUAGAAAAUCCUAUCCUUGCCUCGCCUUGCCUCGCCUUUGAUCUCAGGACGUAGCCGGUUGCAGAAAUUUGUGCCGAACGUAUUUCCACCGUCGGUGAUUUCGACUUUUCCGGUCGGUGUGUGAGCUGUCGCAGGCUAAUUCGUCCCACAAUCGAGAGCCAGCGGACACUUGCAAAGGAACCGGCGGCAUCAAGACCGAGGCAGGUGUCGUGGCCUGCACCGUUCCCGCUGCGAAGUGAAUGACAAACGGUUGUGGUAGCGUGUGGCAGGCUUGCACUGCUGCAGACAUGUCACGCCGGUUGCUGCCGCUUCUGCUACUGGCCGUCGGGCUGCUGCGUUCUGCCCAGGCAUUAAACAUACCGUUCGAGAUGAUCGUGGACUACUCGCCCGAUGUUUACGCCACGCCUAAACUCACAGAGCCGUCUGGCGACUGGAUACCCAAGCGUAACCACUAUAAAUGCGCCGGGUGGCACAUUGUACAACCGGAGAACGAUUACCGCACGCCUCCAAACGUAACAAAUCGCGAAGAUGUGUGCAAGCGACUGGGUAAUAACUUUGUGCUGAUGCAGAAGGACUCUCAGGCCUGCCUGCAAAACGCAUUCAAAGAGUUUGGCUAUCACUACAAGACGAGAAAGCUCUUAGUGCCGGAUCGGCAUUGCAUAGCUAUGGCCAACAACUACUGCUAUUACCCGCGCACAUAUGGAGCUGAUUUCGGUGUGCGAAAAAUCCCCGAAGCCGAGUGGAAGAAACAGAGAUACGUUUGCGUCAGCCAAGACACACCGUUUCAGACCAGUACCUUCAGGAAUCAGACCGAGCUGCAAUACUUGGUUCGCUUGGCUGACCCCACGAUGCGCACGGCCGUGUUGGCGGCGCAUCUGCGGGACCGCACACUUACCAAGAGUCCACUCAUUGAUGCUGUCCUGAUGAACUGCUCAAUGAACUACUUCAGUGCUUCUUCUAAGAAGCAACCCAGACAAUUUUUGCAGAAGUGGCAUAAACUGGAUAGUAGCAAUUAUGACUCAGUGGGUCAAUUCUUCUACUUUAACGUGACAGUACCACGUCCUUUUAUGGAGGUGGUAUGUAUUCUUCGCCCACGCUUGAUCAACGGCAGCUGGGGACCUCCCACUUCAUCGGAACACUACUUUACCCCCAGCCGUAAGGGCCGUUUUGAAUCUUGUUUCUCAUCGUGGCCAACGGCCCAUGAGAGAUAG